GCUUUAAUUUUCUUGCACGUUGCUUAUCGCAAUUGUUUAGUCCUCAUCACUCCACCAAAGCUCUCUGUUUGUCCUCCUCUUGAAUGAAGUUUGGUGAAUCCUUGAGCGAGGGGUUGGUGCCCGAAUGGCACGACCAAUAUGUGGAUUAUAAAGCCGGAAAAAAGUUGAUCAAGAAGUUGGUCAGUCUACGUGAAGAACAACAAAGUGGAUACAACACUGACGACAGCAAGAAAGCGGCACAGGACACAACACCGUUAUUAGAAGCCCAAGAAGAAAGAAACAGAUAUACCGGAGUCGAAGAUAUCAUUACUGAUGAACCACUUUCCCCAAAUAGGAACUUUACUUCCAGUGAUGGUGAAGACUUGACGGAAUUCCCCACCAGACCGAAACUUAAGGUUAGAGCUCGUUCUGUGUUUGGGUUUGACUCGUUUAAUUUAGGAAGAGACAAAUCAGAGGAUUAUACCCAUAUUUCCGAAAAGUUUAAUUCUUGGUUAGAAAGUGAACUCGUGAAAGUCAAUACAUUCUUUCUGGAAAAGGAACAGGAUGUGUAUGAAAGGUUCUUAUUAUUGCAAGAUCAACUAUACCAGCUCCGUGAUCACAAAUUAUCAAUAAUUAAAGAAAGAACCCAGCAGCAGAGAGGUCCUUCUCCUAAAAUUUCAAACAAGUUUCCAUUUCAAAACAGAUUAUCGUUACAGGAAUUGAACCGACUCGAGUUACCUUCUUUACCAUCUGGCACAUUCUUGAAGAAAUUAGGAAGACGAAGAAAUGAAUCAACUGGAGACGAUAUCUCUUUGCAUACAGACGACAGUGUCGACGUUAACUAUGCUGAAAACAGAAUAAGAAACGGAUUGACAGAUUUAGGAGCCGACGACCAAUCUCUUGGAUCCGACGUGGAAGUAGAUAUUCCAGACAGGCCUCGCCCGCCAGAAACAGCAGAACAAGCACGUCAAUCGCAAAGACGAGACUAUGUCGUCAAAAAGCAACAUUUUGGAGUUCCAUAUCUAUUUGCCCGUCGACAACUAAAAGACGCCAUAUUAGAACACUAUCGUUCAUUAGCAUUACUAAGAUCUUAUAAAACCUUAAACAGAACUGCAUUUAGAAAAAUCACCAAAAAAUACGAUAAAUUGUUAAAAAAGGACACCAUGAAGGCGUUCAUGAACAGAAUUGAUAACCAUGCCUAUUUCUUGACCAGUGAUUUAGUAGACAAGUUAAUUAACCAAGUUGAAGAGUCAUAUAUCGCCUUUUUUGAUCCCGAGACCAAAGACAGGAAGCAUUCACUUGAAAAAUUGAAAUCUAUCGCAUAUGCAUUGAAUGCGUCGGAAAUGAAACCUCCAAAUUUCUACCUGGAAUUCUUUACCUCGGGAUUUGCUCUUGGGUUUGGUAUUCCAUUGUUGGGAACAGCAAUAUAUGUCGCAAUUCACAACAUAAUUACUGGACUUUUGCCAGAGGGGAAAUACUUGCUUCAAAUAUGGGCUGGAUUUUUCCUUCUAAUGUUGAUGUUUAUACUAUUUGGAGUGAACUUGGCUGUUUUUGAUAAAUACAAGAUCAACUACAAAUUUAUUUUUGAAUUCAAUAUGUCAACAGUGAUGAAUUAUAAACAGUUUUGGUUAUUACCUUCUCUUGGGUUUGCAUUGCUUUGUAUUCUAACGUGGUUCAGUGUUCAUGAUUUCUGGCCGUCGGCAUUUGCAGGAAGAGAUUGGCCGUGGUUAUACUUGGGAAUAAUAGUAUUGGUAUUCAUCUGGCCUGGAAAUCAAUUUUACUCUUCUAGCAGAAGAUGGUUACAAGUUGCCCUUUGGAGACUUUUGCUUUCUGGAUUCUAUCCUGUUGAAUUCCGUGAUUUCUUCCUCGGUGACAUUGUCUGUUCACUAACUUAUACCAUGGGUAACAUUUCCUUCUUCUUUUGCAUAUAUGCCCAUCAUUGGAAUGGUGCAUUAUCAGGUAAUCCCGGCGAGGAUAAUGUCUGUGGAUCAGGAAAGUCAAGACUUAUGGGAUUCUGCAGUACGUUACCCAGUAUAUGGAGAUUCUUACAGUGUGUCCGUCGUUAUAUGGACACCGGGGACUGGUUCCCUCAUUUAGCAAAUAUGAUGAAAUAUACUAUGUCGGCACUUUAUCAAAUUACAUUGAGCAUGUAUCGUAUAGAACGAAACAAUGCCAACAAAUCAACGUUUAUUUUGUUUGCAUGCAUCAACUCAUUGUAUACUUCGGCAUGGGAUAUUUUUAUGGAUUGGUCACUUAUGCAAAGUGGGUCCAAGAAUUUCUUGCUUCGUGAUCAUUUGUUUUAUAAGAGACCGAUAUAUUACUACCUGGCUAUGAUUGUGGAUGUCAUUUUGCGGUUCCAGUGGAUCUUUUAUGCAUUUUUCAGUCAUCAGAUUCAACAAUCGGCAGUGACCAGUUUCUGCAUUGCUGUGGCUGAGAUUAUUCGUCGUUUUAUUUGGAUUUUUUUUAGAAUGGAGAAUGAACAUUGCAGUAACGUGAUUUUGUUCCGAGCAUCCAAGGAUACACCGUUGCCAUACUCUAUCUCGCCUAAAGUUCAGCGGGCAAUUAAAAAAUUGGUGAUGUUGAAAUACACCACUGAGCCUCUUUUGGUUGAACAGGUCAGUACUCAGCCGCAGGAAACUGUCGGUGUCACCCAGACACCCUACUCUACUGGUCUGUUGGCUAGAGACGAAGAGGAGAUAGAUUCCGACGAAGUUAGUCAAAUUAGAUUGGAUACUGUUCGUUCAGCGCUUCCUCAACUUACUCGUCGAAAGAGUACUUUCCAAACAAUUUCGGAAUCGUUGCAUACUGCCCAUAUUAAAGAUUUCCAAAGAAGAAAAGUUGCUACUCAAGCAGAUGAUGAAAGUGAUGAUGAAGACGAGGAAGAAAGUUUACAUGCAGCGCAUAGAACUUCUUCCAGGCACUCCAAUAGAUCGUCUGGAAGAGAUAUGUAACAAUAUUUUAUGUCCAUUAUAUGUAAAUAUACGCUUAUAACAUGAAAGCUCUAGCAACGUAAGGUUCUUCCAAAUACUUGAUUUCUUCUUCAGAUAACUUGAAUGUUGUGGCACCUAAGAUAUCAUCGACCCUGGCAGUAGAAGAAAGACCAACGAUAGGGUUACAUCCCUUGCUAAUGACCCAAGCAGUGGCAACAACAGCCAUACUGACACCACGUUUCUUGGAGAGAACUUCAACACGGUUGACAAUUUCCUUGUCUGCUUCUGGCAAAUCGUCCAAAUGUAAUCUUUGGAAUGACUUAUCUGAUUCAUUUCUCUUAUUCACUGAAGAAGCACUAAGUGGACGACUCAAAACACCUCUGGCAAUUGGUGACCAUGGAAUGAGGCCAACCUUUCCAAAAUCACCUUCCUGACAGAAUGGGAUCAUUUCUCUUUCUUCUUCACGAUAAAGCAAGUUGUAAUAGUUUUGCAUACUAAUAAACUUGUGCCAUCCGUUCUUAUCAGCAAUAAAUUGCAAUUGAGCAAAUUCAACUGCUUUCAUAGAUGAAGCACCAAUGUAUCUGGUAUAACCCUGGUCAACAACAUCAUUCAAUGCCUUCAUAAUUUCCUUCUUUGGAGUUUCAUGGUCCAAUCUGUGGAUUUGCAACACAUCAACAUAAGUUCCAAGUCUCUUCUUAAUUGCUUCAACACCAUCAAAGAUAUGCUUACGAGACAACCCCUUAGAAUUAUAGUAAUCAAUUGCUGGGAAUUGGCCUUCUUUAGCAAGAUUAAACCCAGGAGUGUUUGGAUCCAGGGGAAAGAAAACCUUACUUAAGAUAACAACUCUAUCACGAGGGAUGUUGUACUUUUUAAGAAACUUUCCAAGCAAUUCUUCUGAUUUACCAUUGGAAUAAACAUCAGCGGUGUCGAAAGUACGUAAACCAACAUCGUAACAUUUCUUCAAGAUUUUGAAGAUUUCUUCUUCAUCUUCUAAAACCCAAUCUGCCCAUGCUUUGGAACCAUAGGACAUACAUCCUACAAUGAUGGGAGCAAUUUUUAAUCCUGAUUCUCCUAAGUUGUUGUACUUGAGUUCAAUUGACAUAUUGUUGGCACUAUUGAGCAAUGGAAUAAUUCGAUCAAGUGGAAAAUUCAGGAGCCUUUUAUAGGGAUCGCCCCGAGAAGCGCGGACCGGCGGGGUUCUUCCGAAUCACCUUUACUUUUGUGGUAAUUAUUGUCGGAAACAAAUAAAAGAGUGCGAAGGUUAUUUUUGCUUACAAAUGCGAUAGAGAUAGGGGGGGUUUACAACAAGGCUUAAUCUCAAGACCAAUGACUCACCAAGGAAGCAAGUAACCGUGGAUGAAUGGAAGAUGAUUUAUAAUAAUUGUAUAGUUUUCUAAAUACCGCAAACAAACAGUAACUGUUGACUCACGCAACGAAGAAUUACAGAUGUAACAUUUAGAACAUAGCAGCUCUUGGGUUAUAUGGUUCUUCCAAAUAUUUGGUUUCUUCAGGAGUCAAGGUUAAAUUGGCAGCAUGAAUAAUAUCGUCAACUCUACCUACAGAAGAAAGACCAACAAUUGGAUUGCAGCCUUUGUUGAUAACCCAAGCAGUAGCAAGAACAGCCAUACUGACUUUGUGCUUUUUGGCCAAUUCUUCUACACGGUUGACAAUUUCACGAUCCUGUUCAGGUAAAUCAGAUAAAUGCAAAUAUUUCAAAGCAAAGUCGGUCUUGUCUCUUCCAGUCUCAGAAGCACCCCCAAUUGGACGAGCUAAAACACCACGGGCAAUUUGGUGACCAUGGAAUAAUACCGACAUCUCCAAAAUCACCUUCCUGACAGAAUGGAAUCAUUUCUCUUUCUUCUUCACGAUAAAUCAAAUUGUAGUAAUUUUGCAUACUAAUGAACUUGUGCCAUCCAUUUUGUUCGGCAAUAAAUUGCAAUUGAGCAAAUUCAACUGCUUUCAUAGAUGACGCACCAAUGUAUCUGGUAUAACCCUGGUCAACAAUAUCAUUCAAAGUCUUCAUGAUUUCCUUCUUUGGGGUGUCAUGAUCCAAUCUAUGGAUUUGUAACACAUCAACAUAAGUACCAAGUCUUUGUUGAAUUCCCUUAACGGCAUCAAAAAUAUGUUUACGGGAUAAACCCUUGGAGUUGUACCAAUCGAUAGCUGGGUAAUUGGCAGCAGUGGCAAAUGAAAAGUUAGGAUCUUCGGUAUUUACAGGGCCGAAAACCUUACUCAAAAUAACAACUCUAUCACGAGGAAUGUUGUAAGUUUUGAGGAAUUUACCGAGCAAUUCUUCGGAUCUACCAUUGGAGUAAACAUUAGCAGUGUCGAAAGUACGUAAACCAACAUCAUAACACCUUUUCAAAAUUUUCAAUACUUCUUCUUCAUCUUCAAUAACCCAGUCGUUCCAAGCCUUGGAACCAUAAGACAUGCAUCCAACGAUAAUUGGAGCGAUCUUUAAUCCGGAACUACCUAAAUUGUUAUACUUGAUUUCUGCGUCAACUGUCAUUUUCUUGUCUGUUUCAACUGUGGCGGUCUACCCUUUCGGCGAGUACAAGGGGAAUUAAGCCCAUUUAAAUAGUAAUUGGGAUAAUCAUCCUCGUCUACUACAAAAGGGAAAUUUCUCGGAGUUAUCUCAAAUGGG